AUGGUGGAGAUUUCACAACUGAAUGACGAUCUAUUAGGUCAGAUCCUGAAACGGGUCAACGACCCGGAUGAUCGGAAACGGUUCUCCCAAGUCUGCAAACAAUGGUCGACAGUCGAAGGUCUAACCAUAACGUCACUCACUUUAUUCCGACUCAGUAGUAUCCGUCAGGUACUGCCUCGAUUCCCUAAUCUAGUUACAUUCCGCACAUCCCAGCCUAUCUCCGAGGAAGCGGAUCUCGAGUUCAUAGCCCAAACAUGUCCCAAACUGGAGGCCAUCAAUCUCAGCACCACAGAUUUCGAAUCAAGUUUGUUACCGAAAAACGGUCUUUACGGUCUGUCAAGUGGUGGCGGCCUUUUGAAAUUGUCCAAGGUUUUGAUCAGAGGGAGAGAGAAUGUAGGCAUUCAUAGAUGGCUACCUAAGUUGGCACAUGAGAACUUGACUUAUUUGGAUUUGGGAAGGUGCAGCUUGGUCGAUGACAAAGCGUUGAAAGCAAUUGGGCUACUGUGCCCUUGUUUGAGCUAUUUGAAUUUAGAAGUUUCCGAUGUUUCGGACAAGGGUUUGAGAUUGUUGGCACAUGCAAGGUGCUCAAAAACCCUUAAGACAUUGGUGCUUGCUCAAUGCUAUUAUAUAACCGACUCCGGGGUCUCAUAUUUGCAGAGUAUGCAAUGCUUGGAAGAGCUGGAUUUGGAAAACUGCGGGGAGCACGACACCGAAGUCUCUGAUAUUGGAGUUAGAGCUGCAAUCUCUGGAAAUCGAUCUCUCAAGAAGUUGAACUUGAGUUGGUUGAUAAAUGUGUCGGACCAAAUCAUGGUGUUUGUUUCUGAAAAUUGCCCCAACUUAGAGUUUCUUGAUGUAAGUCAUUCUAGUGUAACUGUUGCCGGAAUUCGUGCGCUUUCCGGUCACAGGUGCCUAGAGUCUCUUGUUUGGCGCACUGAUCGUGAAUAUUUUUGGUGGCCCGAUAUAGAUGCAAGUCACUCAAGUCUAGAUCUAUCAUCCUGA